AUGGCAUCUCUAAAAUCUGCACUCCUGGCAGUUGGCACUGGAGUUGCCAGUCACUUGUUCUAUUUCAGAAUCGGCGAGCACCACAUGAUGCCAGUCAUGUACCUUCAGCUCAUCUCUUUGGCAUGCAUCGCAUCAACUUUCGCUCUCGUCAACUUCACGGGAGCCACUGUCCUCGGCGCGCUGAGCACCGUAGCAGCCUUUGCGGCUUGCUGGUUCACGGGAGUCUAUGGAAGCCUUCUUACCUAUCGACUACUCUUCCAUCCUUUGAACGAGUUCGCAGGACCAUGGCAAGCCAGACUGGGUGACUUAUGGAUGUCCUCGCAAUUGACGGGUCUCAAUGCCUAUCAUGUCUUCGACGACCUGCACAAGAGACAUGGCCGCUUUGUUCGAGUUGGGUCGAAUACGCUGUCGAUCACGGAUCCAGACACGAUGCAGCCAGCUUAUGGAGCUAAUGCUCGUGUUACGAAGGCGGACUGGUAUGAUGGGUCGGUACCUCAUCAUAGCAUGCAUACUACCAGAGACAAAGGUCUACAUGACCGGAGGAGACGUGUCUGGGCACCGGCUUUUAGCGAUAAAGCUUUGCGGGAGUACGAGGCUACGGUGCAGGAGUUUAAUGAUAAGCUCGUGGAGAAGGUCGCGGAGGCCAAGGGCUCUCCAAUGAACAUGACUACGUGGUUUAACCUAUACAGCUUCGAUGUCAUGGGGCGACUGGCGUUUGGUAAGGACUAUGGCAUGAUCGAGUCAGGAAAACGCCAUUGGGCGCUGGACCUCUUGACGGAAGGCAUGGGAAUAAGCGCAUACAAGAUUCCUACCUGGGUCUUCCGCAUUCUGUUAUCAAUCCCGGGUGCUGCACAAGGCUACCACAAGUUCCUGAAGUUUUGCUCAGAUGAGCUACGAUGGCGGGUCAAGAACGGCAAGAACUUCAACAAAGACAUCACGGGAUGGCUGUUGAAAGCCUAUGCAGGCGAAGCACACCCUGAAGAGGAUCCAAUGCUUCAAGGCGAUGCUCGCUUGAUCAUUGUGGCUGGCAGUGACACGACCUCAGCGACGUUGACAUACCUAUUCUACCACCUGGCUCAGGAUCCAAGUCAUGUGAAAAAGCUACGGGAUGAGCUUCGCCCGCUUACGCAAGGAGAAUGGAGUGACAAGGAUAUUCAGCAUGCUGAUCAUCUCAAUGGCGCGAUCAACGAGGCUUUGAGGCUGCACCCACCAGUGCCUAGUGGAAUCAUGAGGAAGACGCCGCCGGAAGGUGUUCAGCUUGGUGAUGUGUACAUUCCAGGAAACAUCACCUUUUGCACGCCGCUGUAUCCCAUGGGCAGAGAUGAUCGCAUAUAUCCACAAGCCGACUCCUUCGUGCCGGAACGAUGGUAUUCGAAGCCUGACAUGGUCAAGCAUCAAGAUGCUUUCGCGCCAUUUAGCAUGGGGCCCUUCAACUGCAUUGGCAGAAAUCUCGCACGCAUGGAACUACGUACACUUACGGCUCAGCUGUUGUUGAAGUACGAUGUUGCUUUUGCUCCCGGCGAAGAUGGAACGAGGAUCUUGACUAAGACAAAGGACCAUUUCACUGUGUCUGUUGGUCAGCUUGAUCUGGGGUUCAAACCUGUUUCGAGCUAG